GGCCGCCUGCGCCGCGCGACCAUUACCUCCCCGGGCGGCAAGGAGGAGCUGGUGGCGGCUGCCUCCCGGCUGUGGCAGCGGCGGCGCCGCGCCUGCCUGGCGGCCGUCGGCGUGCUCCUGGCCAUGGCGCUGGGGCUGCUUAUCGCCGUGCCGUUGCUGCUGCAGGCGGCGCCCCCCGGCGCGGCGCACUACGAGAUGAUGGGCACCUGCCGCAUGAUCUGCGACCCCUACACCGCCGCCCCGGGAGGGGGGCCCGCGGGAGCCAAGGCUCCGCCGCCGGGACCCAGCACGGCCGCGCUGGAAGUCAUGCAGGACUUGAGCGUCAACCCUCCGCCCCCUUUCAUCCAGGGACCCAAGGGCGACCCGGGGCGACCUGGCAAGCCGGGACCGCGGGGACCCCCGGGAGAGCCGGGCCCACCUGGACCCCGGGGUCCCCCGGGGGAGAAGGGCGACUCGGGGCGGCCCGGGCUGCCUGGCCUGCAGCUGACGGCGGGCGCGGCCGGAGGUGUCGGGGUGGUGGGUGGCGGAACCGGGGGCGGCGGUGACUCUGAGGGCGAAGUGACUGGCGCGCUGAGCGCCGCCUUCAGCGGUCCCAAGAUCGCCUUCUAUGUGGGUCUUAAGAGCCCCCACGAAGGCUACGAGGUGCUCAAAUUCGACGACGUGGUCACCAAUCUCGGCAAUCACUACGACCCUGCUACGGGCAAGUUCAGCUGCCAGGUGCGUGGCAUCUACUUCUUCACCUACCACAUCCUCAUGCGCGGCGGCGACGGCACCAGCAUGUGGGCGGACCUCUGCAAGAACGGGCAGGUGCGGGCCAGCGCCAUCGCGCAGGAUGCCGACCAGAACUACGACUACGCCAGUAACAGCGUGGUGCUACACCUUGAUUCGGGGGACGAGGUGUAUGUGAAGCUGGACGGCGGAAAGGCGCACGGAGGCAAUAACAACAAGUACAGCACCUUCUCGGGCUUUCUUUUGUACCCGGAUUAGAGGGGCAGGGAGCGCGAGGUGGGGUGGCUUCAGGCCGCCCCAUGCCCGUGGGGGCGCUCUGUUCCCUGGCGAGGACCACUCUCGCUUCGUGACACUUCCUGACAUCGUUGGAAAAGACACACCCCCGCUGUCCUUCCUGCCCCGCUUCCGACCUCCGUGUGUCUGUGACUUGCCACGCUCCUGGCUGUGCUCCUGGUCCCUGGCCCCAACCCGGGGCGGGAGAGCGGGACGCCCAGGUGGAGAAAUGAGCGUGAAACUGAAACCCCAGCCAGGGAGGCGGCAGCGCAGACUUUGCAGAGCUGAUUGGACUGGACAGGCCCCGGCGGGAUGCCUGAGCGCUUCCAGUCCCCCUCCUCCUCCGAGAGCCCUGAGACUGAGGGCCCCAGCUCUGGCCACCGAGGUAGGCCAAAGCGAGCAGGAGCUCCCUGGGGUGUCCUUCUUUGUGACCUGAAAUACUUGUGCAAAUGUCCCUGUCCAUCAGCUGAAAUCCCACCCUCAGCAGAAUCCCAGCAAUCAGAAAACCCAUCUCUACACCGCACUCCCGCCUCAGACCUACCGCGAUGCAUUAAAUUAUGUUUCUAGACUAUGGACUCUUGAUGUCUCUGUCAGCCUGGUCCUGGGACCGGGCCUCCGGAUGUUCACCUUGACAUAAAGACCGGAACUGGGCCCUGAAUAGCUCCAUCUCUACCCUGGUUGCCAACCACUGCCUUGUCUGUGCUGCCUGGGUGGGUGAAAAGAUGUGGGGAGAUGGGAGGGUAGCCUCUCACCCUUUAGGGUGAGUCUC